AUGUGGCACAGCUCCACCACGCAAGUAUGGCAGAACCGUUGGGGCGGCGGCGAGGGCUACAAGGACAUGUUCUUGCGUCGUGGCUAUCCGGUCUACCUCUGGGACGGGCCUCGGGUUGCAAACGAGACGGGCAGCCAAGCUCACCAACCUUUAUGGUGGAAACGCCAAGUCUUCCUGCUGUCCAAAGAUGGGGGACUUAGUGGAAAUACCUAUACCGCGUUCGCGGACAUAAACAACGAUGAGGUGGCCAAUCUUUUGGAUGAGAUUCUCGGGGAGAAUAAUUUCGACGCUUACCAAGAUGAGACCUAG